CUGGCCUGGUCCAGUGCCCUCCAACCUACCAGCCCCAUCCAGCCUUUUCUGCCGCUGAGACCCCCAGGUCCCUUGUAGACAACGCCAUGCCCAGCACCCUGGAAGAAGCUCUUGAGAGUCUGGUUGUCAUCUUCCACAAAUACUCGGGCAAAGAGGGCAACAAGAGUACCCUCAGCAAGAGGGAGUUCAAAAACCUGAUGCAGAACGAAUUCACCAGCGAGCAGAAGCUCAGUAGCAAGGAUAUCAGGAAGCUGAUGGAUGAACUGGACGUCGACCAGGACCAGGAAUUGAACUUCCAGGAGUACAUCACAUUUCUGGGUCAAGUGGCCAUUUUUUGUAAUGACUCCCUGCAAGCUUUCCUGUGAGGCUGUUGAAGAGAGAUAGGCAGGUGUAGGGAGGUUGAUCUCCCCUCCACCUUCAACCACCGAAGUGUGUGUGUGUAUGUGCAGAAAUGCCGACAUUAAAAAUUUUUUUUAAAGGUUGA